AUGGCUGAAGCGUUUGAGCAGUUCAAGCAAUUUGAGUACAAGAAUAAUUCCAAUUUGGUUCUGCAGCGUGAAGGGCCUUCUAAUUCCACUAAUGAGCCUACAGGAGAGCCGGAGAGUCUGGUGGGCCGUCUGCGUGGUCGAUUAGGAGACAAGGCGAUGAUUGCGGGAUUGCCGAGAGAAUUGCUAGCAGCGGGUCGCUCUCGUGGUUUGGUGGAAACGGACGGAGUGACUUUAAGGACUGAAAUAGGUGUUGGUCGUCAGAGAAAAAAACGGCGGUUAGACACAAUUUUGGAGCAAAUCGGUGAGGCACCGGCAGGCGCUGCUGUACGGGGUGAUAACGAGGCAGUGGCAGUGGUAUUUGAAAGCGAUAGUCAAGGGGAUGACGACGAUGAGGAGGAGGAGGAUGAGGAGGAGGUAGAGGUGCUAGGAGAUGUGGUGGGAGACGUGAUAGUGGAGGAGAAGGCGGUGGUUGAUGAGGAUGUUCUGCACACAGGUCUUGACAUAUCUAUGAUGAACUCGCGGAAGGACCAGACCUUAUCCGUGCAGGCUAUAACACCACAUUGGCUGCAAGGACGGUUAAAGGACCUGAAUAUCGUUUCAGAUGCCGACAUUACCCUUCAUCUGAUACCAAUGGAACAGGAGAUUCUCCAGAAACUCACCAUACCUGACCUUCAGGAAUGCGAGGCGGCAUUGGUUGACUGCAUCGGCUUAGAUCAUUUUGACUUUAUUGUGCAACUACUCCACAAUAGGUGGAGGGUCGUCUACCUAACUCGUCUAGGACAGGCCCAGACUGUGGCUGAGCGUAAGGCCAUCGAAACCACCAUGAGCACGAGCACUAUGGGCCGACAGGUGCUGGAGGAAAUUGCUGCAAGCGAAGUCGUCCAGGACAAGGAACGGGUCUUUGCCGAAGCGGCGGAAGUGGAAGCUGCGGAAGUUACUAGACAAAAUGAAAUGACUACUCUGUCCGCCUCUGGUACGGCCUCUGGCACCCUAGCUUCCGUACCGAGUGGCGUCCAGACGGAAGUCGCAACGGACCCGGAAUUGGCCCACCUGCAACCCAGCGUAGACCUCCUAGACUUGGAAAGCCUUUCUUUCCCGGUAGAAGACAAGCUGCUGGGCGUAGACGAAGUAAAAUUACCCCAGGGCACGGAACGGGUAACCGCUAAAGAGUAUGAAGAGAUUAUUAUUCCACAUCAUGACAAGGGACCAGGGACGGAGAAACUGAAGAACGUUGACGAUGUACUCCCGUCCUGGGCCCUCCCCUGUUUCCACAGCGUCAAAGUGCAAAGACUCAAUGCUAUCCAGUCAGUCGUCAGCGACGUAGCGGCCAAAAAACCGGACGUGAACAUGCUUAUCUGCGCCCCUACGGGUGCGGGUAAGACCAAUAUUGCAAUGAUGUGCAUAUUGGAAGUGAUCAAUCGCUAUGUAAAGAAGAUCGGUGGUUCGAACAUCAGGGCCCCGGCUACUAGUUCUGGCGCCGGCACUACAUUUGCUACCGGCACUACAUCAGCUACCGGCACUACAUCAGCUACCGGCACUACAUCUGCUACCGGCACUACAUCUGCUACCGGCACUACAGCUGGGUCGGAAGGUGCGUCGGGUGGUUACGUGUGCGACUUGAACCGUUUUAAGAUCGUGUAUGUGUCUCCUAUGAAGGCCUUGGUAGCGGAGCAGGUGUCUGGGUUCCAGAAGCGUUUGGAUUCAUUGGGGCUUGGUCUUCGGGUCCGCGAAUUGACGGGUGAUAUUAACCUGUCGCAAGCGGAGAUUAAUGAGACGCAGAUCAUUGUGACAACGCCGGAGAAGUGGGACGUGAUAACUCGUCGGGCAGGAGAGCGGAGUUACACGCAAUUGGUCAAGUUGAUGAUAUUCGACGAGGUGCAUUUGUUACAUGACAAGCGCGGGCCGGUGUUGGAGGCUUUGGUAUCAAGAGCAUUCCGACAAUACGAAAACAGUGGACAAGUGAUUCGGUUGGUCGGGUUAUCGGCAACGUUGCCAAAUAGUGAAGAUGUGGCUGCCUUUCUUCGUGUGCCUUUGGAUGAGGGGUUGUUUGUUUUCGGUCCUGAGUAUAGACCGGUGCCCUUACGCCAGAGCUUUGUUGGUAUCAAGACUAAGAGUUCUUUGAAGCGGUAUGACGCUAUGAAUCAAGUAUGUCAUGAACGCAUGAUGGAAUUUGCUGGUAGACAUCAGGUUCUUAUUUUCUGCCAUAGUCGCAAAGAAACUGCGCGAACAGCGAAGUAUUUGCGCGACAAAUGUUUCGAAGAUGGUUCUAUUGUUAGGUUCUUUUCCGAAGAGUCUGCAACCAAGGAAAUUCUAGCAUCUGAAGCCGGCAAUGUGAUAUCAAAUGAUUUAAAGGAUUUACUUCCUGCCGGGUUCGCAAUACAUCAUGCGGGUAUGCAACGAUCGGACCGACGAUUGGUGGAGGAUUUAUUCGCAGAUCGACACAUACAGGUACUUGUAUCAACGGCUACAUUGGCUUGGGGUGUUAAUUUACCAGCACACGCAGUAAUCAUCAAGGGCACUCAGAUAUAUUCCCCGGAUUUGGGAAAGUGGACAGAACUGCCGCCGUUGGACGUGGUUCAAAUGAUGGGUAGAGCGGGACGUCCUCCAUACGACCGUUUUGGCCAAGGGAUUAUUAUAACCCAGCAAUCGCAACUCCAAUAUUACGUUAGCUUAACCACACAACAACUGCCGGUCGAAUCACAGAUGAUGGGGGCCUUACCAGAACUGAUCAAUGCAGAAGUUGUACUAGGAAAUAUCAGACACCGAGUUGAAGCCGCUCAUUGGCUUCUAUAUACCUACUUAUUUAUCCGCAUGACCAGAGCGCCCCACUUGUACAAAGUACCCAAAAGCGACACCAUAACACUGCCACAAAGACGCCUGGACUUGGUUCAUGCAGCUCUAGUACUGCUAGACUCACUACGACUGGUUAAUUACGAUAAAGUCAGCGGCAAGGUACAAACAACCGCACUUGGUAAAGCGGCUUCCGUAUACUAUCUUCGACCAGCCACUGUUGCCGCGUUAAAUAAAUCUUUAACGCCGGAAGUUAAUGAUAUAGAACUGUUUAGAAUUUUCUCAUUGGCUUCCGAAUUCCAACGCGUGCCCGUUCGCCCCGAAGAAAAGACAGAGUUAGCCAAAUGUGUAGAAAAGGUACCCGUGCCUAUAAAAGGUCAAUUAACAGAAUCUAGCACCAAGAUUAACGUCCUGUUACAAUCAUUCAUCAGCUGUCUAAAGCUCGACGGUUUUGCAUUACAAGCCGACAUGGCAUUGGUUGCCCAAAAUGCCGCUCGCAUAAUGAGGGCUAUAUUCGAAAUAGCAUUGCGAAGAAACUGGGCGAAAACAGCUGAGCUAGCCCUACAUUAUUCCAAAGUCGUCGACCGAAGAAUGUGGGGAUCUAUGUCACCUCUGAGGCAGUUUGGCGUCCUUUCGCUAGCAGACCUACGACGAUUCGAAGCUCGGGAUAUCGCAUGGGAACGGUACUUUACACUCACCGAAGGCGAGCUAGGAGAGCUUCUUAAGAAUCAGGCGCUGGGCAAACGAGUACAUCAAAUGCUCGCUAGAUUUCCGCGACUGAAUGUUGAGUGCUUUGUUCUACCUUUGACUACAUCACUUGUACAGAUUGACCUUACAAUAUUGGCUGGCUUUGAGUGGAACCGGAAGGUCCAUAAAAGCGCGGAAAUGUUUUGGAUAUUUGUUGAGAACUGCGAUUGCUCCAAAAUAUUAUUCGCGGACACCUUUAUUUUACGCGGAUCUGAGGUAGAUUUAGAGCAUCAGAUGACCUUUACAGUUCCUCUGGAUGAGCCCAGAAGCCCGAAUUACUUUAUCAAAGUAAUUAGCGACAAAUGGAUAGGCUCCGAACGCGUGUUUCCCGUCUCAUUUCGAGAUCUAAUCAUCCCUGCAAAGAACUCUACCCCCACAGACUUCCUUGGGAUGCAACCGACACCGACUUCUGGAAUCAACUUCCCUGAGGCGACAGAAAAGUUGUUCAAAAAUCAAAGAUACUUUGGCCCUCUACAAUCACAGGUGUUUGGCGCCGUAUAUAAUAGCGAUGAAAACAUCCUUAUCUGCGCUCCUCCGACUAGCGGACGUAACACUUUACAGGAGCUGACUAUUCUACGGAUGUGCACAGAGUCGACUCAACCAUUGUGUGUAUGUGUAUCACCAUUAGAAUCGACCACAGCCUCUAAGUACACUUGGUGGAAGGAACGUUUCGAAGGCGGUUUAGGAUUGACGGUUAAUCGCCUACAAGGUAAUCUGGGGGCGGAUGCACGCUUAUUGGCGAAAUCGCACAUUGUAGUUGCCAGAGCGGACCAUUGGGAAGCUGUAUCAAGGCGCUGGAGGGUACGAAAAGCUUUGCAAAAGAUCCAGUUGCUUAUAGUCGAAUCGAUCGAGCUAAUUGCUGACUCCAAAAUUGGUAGUUACUUGGAGAUUGGUAUUGCGCGAAUGAGGCUUAUGUCUGAGCUGCUGAAGGCCAACGCUCAAGCAACUGACGAAACGACUGCGGCCAAACUGCCAAGGCUGCGAAUUGCCGCCUUUGGAGCACCCAUUGCGGAUGCCGCUGAUGUGGCUGACUGGCUGGGUGUAAGUGCGGCUAACUGUUUUAAUUUCCAUCCUACCGUCCGAGCGACUGCGCUAGAUCUGUCGAUCAACCGCAUCGAUAUUCCGGACCGCGCGCGACGGCUAGCGGCGUCCUACAGCAUUAUAGCACAUGCGAUCCGACGCGCGCAAACGAAUCAAAUAAUUGUUGUGAGCACCGACCGAAAAGAGGCAAGACAGAUCUGUGUGGAAAUUCUGCUCCACGCCGCCGCAGAAGGCCGGCCUACCAAGUACCGACGAGAGUUUGACCAAAGCAGCAUUGAGCGCUUCAUACAGGAACACAUCAAACAAUGGAAACAACAAACAGGGCACCAGAGUGCAGGGAAACAGGAAGGAGGGCAGCAGAGUGCAGGGCAGCAGAGUGCAGGGCAGCAGAGUGCAGGACAGCAGAGUGCAGGGCAGCAGAGUGCAGGGCAGCAGAGUGCAGGGCAGCAGAGUGCAGGGCAGCAGGAAGACAAGAUAAAUCGGGAAUUAGUUCGCGAACGUGUUUUAUUAGAUAUCCUAUGUUUCGGAGUCGGAUUAUUGCAUGAAGGCAUGACUGAGUUGGAGAAGUCAUUGGUAAUAUGUAUGUAUCGCAAUAGAAUGGUCCAGGUGCUGGCCAUAACAUAUCCUGUGGUGUACGAAUUGCAUAUAAGUUGUCAGUUGGUAAUAGUACAGGAUACGGAGUACUGGAAUGGUCAGAAGCGGGCUCAUUAUAAGCCAGAAAUGUUGAUGCGCAUAUUAGGUCUAGCGAACAUUGAGCAACAAGAAACAGAUAGCUUGGAUGUUUGCAACGCCUUGAUUAUUUGUAAGCCGUCGAAGCACGAGGAAAUUCGGAGGUCUAUCUUUGAGCCUUUGCCUUUGGAGUCAAAUGUAGAUUUGUUUCUGGCGGAUCACGUGUUAUCUGAAAUAGUAACGGGCACCAUUACGAAUAAGCAAGAGUCGAUAGAUUGGCUGACGUGGACCUUCGCGUACCGACGGCUGUUCAAGAACCCGAAUUACUAUGGACUGAGGGAUGUAAAGCCGGAGUUAGUUUCGGAAUACGUUUCGGAAAUGGUUGAGAAAGCGUGCGAUAACUUGCAGAACGCAGGUUGUAUUAGGGUGGAAGAUGAUGAUAUUACAUUAAGUACAACAAAUCUAGGUCUAAUUGCUGUGUUUUAUGCGCUUCGAGCAGGAACUAUUGAAGGCUUCGUCAAGCUUACAACAACGAACAGUAAACACAAGCAGUUAUUAAUGGCCAUCACUUCUUCUCAAGAAGUACGUGAUUCUGUACAAAUAAGACAAAGCGAAUCUGAGUUACUGAAACAGCUCUGGUCAGAGCUGGAAAUAUCGCGGAUACAGGAUACUGGAUCCGCAAUCGAUUUCAAUGACCCACAAAUUAAGGCUACUAUUCUACUGACCGCCCAUCUACAUAGAGCUCCUCUUACGCCAGAUCUGCAAAAGGAUUUGACCGAUUUGCUGGCGUUCGCUGAACGGUCAUGCCAUGCUUUGGUUGACAUUUUAAGCUCCUCACAGUGGCUACAUCCCAUUUUGGCUACUGCUGAACUAUGCCAGAUGAUCACACAAGGCAUGUUGAUUCGACAAUCAAGCUUGCUCCAAUUACCGUACUUUAGUGCGAAUGAAAUCAAGGUUGCUGCCAAACAUAAAAUCAUUGCAGCGUCGGACUUGCUCGCAAUUGAGGAUGACGUCAGAAAUGAAUUCUUCAACCAGGUUAAUUUCUCUCAAGACCAAAUUGCCGAUAUCGCCGACUGUUGCAAUGCUCUACCAGUUAUUGUAAUCAACCUCGAUACAUCAGCUUCGGGGGAUACAUCAGCUUCGGAUAUUCUGACUCUUAGAAUAACAACCAACGAUACAGCGCCUGUUGUCAACAUUACCAUACAAAGAGACCUGGAUGAGGACGAAAUUGUCGGACCAGUUCGGGCCCCAUAUUUCCCCAUCGAAAAGCAGGAACAAUGGUGGGUGAUUGUCGGAAUACCUUCUGAGAACCGAGUCCUGGGCAUCCAAAAGGUAUUCAUGAAGGGUACAGAGACGAAAAUCAGUAUUUCGCUCGAUAAUAUUCCAGAUGCGCUUCGAUCGCCGCACACGUUCGAUGCAAGAAUAUAUUGCCUCUCUGACUCUUACAUCGACGCUGAUCAGCACAUCGAUAUCAGUAUACAAAUUUUAUAA